AUGUCGUCCCAACCACCCACCGAAGCUCAACUGAACCUGGCUGCUCUGGCCGAAUCUCCUUCACCUCGGACGAUGCGAGGUCUGCGUAAGAUCCAGUCACAUCAGCACCUAUCCUCUCGCCCUCCUCUAUUCUCGCAAGUCUCGUUCGAUCGCGCCUCCGCUGGGCCCGAGGGGCUCUCCAAACCAGCCAAGCUGGACUCGCCUGUCCGGCUCCGGACACACCGUCGCGCGAGGUCAAACAGCGAUGCUUCGUCUCGAGAUUCCCCGAAACUAACAGCCCGGCGUCCUGGACGAAAAACUGGCUCCGGAUUUGGGUUGAAGAGGUCGCUUCUUGAGGCUCUGUUGCGAGACGGACCACAACAGGGGAACGUUCAAGAAGCGCUCCAGGAGUUGCGAUACCUGGUUCUCUCGACAAGAGUUGAAGCUGACGGUGAUGGCAUGUCAACGUACCGAGUCUAUCUAUGGCUGAUCCUUCUCGAUAUUCCUCCCCUCCCUACUGAUCACUACCUCUCCCUCAUCCAUCGCGGCCGUUCUCCUGCGUAUGCAAAAAUUCGCAACGAUACUUUCCGCACUCUCGCCACAGAUCCGCUGUUCAAACGUCGCGUCACAGAAGCCAGUCUUAUCCGACUGCUUAAUGCAGUAGCAUGGAAGAUCCACGAUGCAAAGAACAAGAACAAGGCCAAAUCCCGUUCAUCCUCACGCCGGCGUGAAAUGGAGCUUCUUAUCAAUACCCCGCCAAGCAUCGCUGAAGAAGAGCCCUCCACUGAUGGCAUGACCCCCGACAGCAUGGCCAGCAGUAAUAGCGGCACAUCAGCAAUCAAACCCGGCAUCACCAAUGAGACAGCAGUAUAUGUGCAGGGUAUGAACGUCCUCUGUGCUCCUUUUCUCUACGCUGCCCGCAGCGAAGUCGAGGCCUUUGCGCUCUUCCACAGCUUCGUCACCCGCGAGUGCCCUGGCUACAUUCGCGGCGCUAUGGAUGGUGUCCAUCGAGGCCUCAAUCUCGUCGACCGAUGCCUGGAGAUUGUCGAGCCAAAGCUCGCUGCCUACCUCUUUUCCAAGGGGCUACAAGCGAAACUUUACGCCUUCCCGUCCGUCCUGACUCUCUGCGCCUGUACACCUCCUCUGCCCGAAGUCCUCCAUCUGUGGGACUUUCUCUUCGCCUACGGCCCGCACCUGAACAUCCUCUGCAUAGUCGCACAGCUAAUUUUGAUGAGAGACACUCUCCUCAAAAGCUCAAAUCCAAACAAGAUCCUCCGAUCUUUCCCACCCCUCGACGCCAAAGAGAUCAUUGCUCUAACCGUCCUGAUUGUUCGCAAGAUCCCCGAACCAUUGUACGCCGAAUUGAUUGACCAUGCUAAAUAA